AUGGGUAAUUUCACGUUAGCUGCAGCAUAUAGCGAAGUUCGACAGCGUCGAGGAGCUUCUUUAUCUCAUCGAAUGAUUUGGGACAAUAGUAUACCACUGAAGUUCUCAAUCCUGGUUUGGAAAAUAUUGAGAAAUGCCAUUCCUUUGCCAUCUCAACUGCAAAAACUUGGCCGAAUUUGUAGAUUGGUACCAGUGGUAAUUUUGUUCUAUAUUUGGCAAGCUUACUGCGACAUAACCUGGGGAGAUACUGCUAUUUUCUUUCCAGCAAUUAAGCAUCAGAUUGCCACUUUUAUACUUAAUUGGGGAAUAGCUAAUUCAAUGAAGAAGUUUGCUCGACCAUUUCCACAAUUGUCAGAUAUUCUUCCUGAUGGAUUCGGUUUGCAGAAUUUGAAGCCCAUGCUGGUUUAUUGGAAAAAACCAGCAACUGGUUUUUUGAAACUUAAUAUCGAUGCUUCCUUCACUCCAUCUUUCUCGUCAGGAGGUGCAAUUAUAAGAGAUGAAUUUGGUUCCUUUGUUGCAGCUAUCUCCUUUUCUUUAGAGGCAACUAACGCUCUUGCUGCAGAGAUAGUUGAAGUUGAUCCUGAUGAAUCAAAUCCGCCGACUGUAACAGUAGAAGAUUCAACGAACAUCACCAGCAAACCUGAUGGAACUCGAGUAACAGAAACAAAAUCAAGGAGGGGUAUUAUAUUGAAGAAAGGAAAAUCCUUCAAGGAAAGAGUAUUGAGCAGGGUGUUUUCAGAGGACUACGACACUACAAAGAACAAGAUAUUGGAUCCUAAAGGCCAAACCAUUUACAAAUGGAACAUGACUUUCUUAGUGGCAUGUUUGGUUUCACUCUUUGUGGAUCCUUUGUUCUAUUAUGUGCCAAUCAUCAGCGGAGACUUGUGUAUAGACAUGGCAUUUAAUCUCAAAAUCAUCCUCACCAUCAUAAGAUCAAUAGCUGAUGUCUUCUAUGUGAUUCAUAUAUUUGUCAGAUUUCAUACAGCUUAUGUUGCACCAUCUUCCCGAGUACUCGGAAGAGGAGAGCUUGUAAUAAACUCUUCAAAGAUUGCAUUAAGAUACCUAAGCCAUGGCUUUCUGAUAGACGUUAUUGCUGCCUUGCCCUUUCCUCAAAUAUUGAUUUGGUUUAUUAUUCCUAAUAUUGAUGGCUGGGGAAUCAUGCACAUGAAGAACAUCAUUUGGUUGCUAAUUAUGAUUCAAUACCUUCCAAGAAUCUUUCUUAUAUUUCCACUUUGGUCGCAUAUUGCUGAUGCUGCUGGUGUUGUGACACAAAAAGCAUGGACAGGAGCCGUCUAUAAUCUGUUCCUGUAUAUGGUCGGCUCCCAUGUCUCAGGAGCUUGCUAUUAUCUGCUUUCGCUGGAACGAAUUCAAGAUUGCUGGCACAGUGUCUGCAAUCUUGAGAAUUCACAUUGUCCAAAUGGAUUCUUUGAUUGCCGGCAAGUCAAAAACCCUCGAAGGUCUGAAUGGUUCCUGUCGACCAAUAUCUCAAACCAAUGUAAUGCAAGUAUGAGCGGCAACAGCCCUUAUCAAUAUGGCAUAUACAUUGGGGUAUUGCAACUUAAUAUAGGAAGUGCAGCAUUCAUGAACAAGUACUUCUACUGUUUCUGGUGGGGUUUGAAGAAUGUCAGUACUAUUGGACAAAAUCUAAUUACAAGCAUCCGAGUUGGAGAAAAUAUUUUUGUAACCAUCGUUGGGAUUAUUGGACUUUCACUGUUUGCCUUGCUUAUUGGGAAUAUGCAAAGGUACCUCCAAUCUACAACCAAAAGGCUAGAGGAAUGGAAGAUUAAGAGAGCUGAUAAAGAACAAUGGAUGCAUCAGAGGCAUCUGCCUAUAGAACUAAGGCAGUCUGUGAGAAAUUAUGAUCAAUAUAAAUGGUUAGCUACUGGAGGUGUUGAUGAAGAAACCCUUAUUCAAAGCUUUCCAGUGGAUCUCCGAAGAAAGGUUAAACGCCACUUAUGCUUUGAUAUAGUUCGACGUACACCCCUGUUUGAUGAAAUGGAUGAAACAAUGUUGGAUGCAAUCUGCGAGAGGCUUAAGCCAGCAUUAUGUAUCCAAGGCAUAUGCAUAGUACGUGAAGGUGACCCUGUGAAGCAAAUGCUAUUCAUAAUCAGAGGCCACCUUGAUUCUUACACCGGCAAUGGACAACUCAACUUGUGUCGAAUAGGUCCAGGUGACUUCUGUGGUGAGGAGUUGCUGACAUGGGCAUUGGACCCACGUCCACGUGUGCCCUAUCCAUCGUCUACUCGAACUGUCAAGGCCACCAAUGAAGUAGAAGCAUUUGCUCUCCUAGCACAGGACUUGAAAUUUGUAGCAUUACAAUUUAGAAGGCUAAACAGUAAACAGCUUAGGCACAAGUUCAGAUUCUAUUCUCAUCAGUGGAGGACAUGGGCAGCAUUUACUAUACAAGCUGCAUGGCACAGGCACAGAAAGUUCAAGGAAAUGGGCGAGCCACUUGAGCCUGGGAUGCCUCCGCCAGGGUCAUUUUGGUCUGUACUGGCUGAGAGCCUGGUGGCAAGCGCUAGAUGGACUACAAAGCAGAAGCAAUCAGCUGCAGGGUCAGUUUCUGAUGCUGCAAGCUCAAUAGAGAAACCAGAAGAGCCUGAUUUUUCAGAUGAAGAGUGGAUGGAUAAUUAACAGCAGUCUCCAAAUGGCUUCAGAUACUUGAUUUUAGAUGUUAAAGAUAAGUUUACUGUCAGUUAUGCA